CAAUGGCGACUGUCAUCCUCGCCGCCCUUCGCUUUGCGUGUUGACAUUCAAUCGGCGAGGUACUUGUCGUAUUUGUCGGGAGAUUUUAGCAGAAAAUGUGAGUGAAAAAUGUUGAACAUGUUUUAUAAACGUUAUGAAAUAAAGCCCUAGGAGGAAAGGAUAGAUUCGGCGCGUUGGUGUACAAGACAGAAAAAAUGAGCACUAUGGCAACCGCGGAGGAGGCAAAGGAAGCACCUGCAAGCGAAGACGAUGAUUUGAAGAUUUUUAAAACUCUUUACAUCUCAUCUCAAAAGGUUGAUUCUGAGGAAGCGAUGACACAUGAAGUCACUACUGCCUUGAAAAGUGAACUGGCAGCCCUUGAGUACAAACGCGACAGGUUAAUGUCCGAGCUUCAAGAGAUGAAGAAUACCGUAAGAUCACGCGAUCAAAGAGUCGUAGAACUUCAAGUAGAGGCUGAUCAGCUACGAGAACAAGCAGCCAGGCAAAAUGCCGUCGUUUUGAGCCUCAAGAAACGCAUACAGGAAUUGGAAGAGAGAGAGAGGAAUCAUUAUGCAACUCAAGGAAGGAAUGAAAUUGUCAUCCAAGGUCUCCAACGUGAUGCGAAAUAUCACGAGGACAAAGCUCGAGAAUAUGAACAAAAAAUUCGCCAACUAGAACAUAACAUCACAGAAGAAAUUCAGCUAAAGGAGCGAGCUUGCCUCAACUUGCAGGACUUUGUACGAAGAUUGGCACAUGCUUUAAACGCCGAGUUUUGCGACAGUACUCACCAUAGUCCUGAAAUGAUAAUUCAUAAAGCAGAGGAACUUGUACAGGAAGUCAAUCGACUUCGCACUAAAAGUACAAACGUUGAGACACAUUUAACUAGUGUCGAAGUCGAUUAUAGGUCUUGUAAGGAUGCUUUGGAUCGAGCGAUUUCUGAAAAAGAACAGUUACAGAGACAAACCAGCACUCAGUUGGUGGAUUUGGAUCAUUUUCGUCAGGAAAAAGAAUGUCUGGAGAUGCAGUACAGGGUAGCUGAACGAGAGUUGAACGAUCUGCGAGACAAGCUGUUGAAUGCUAAUCGAAACAUUACUAGUGCCAACGGAAACAUUUCUAGCCAGGAAGCAUUAAUCUGCCAAUUACGAGAGGACCUGAAGAAUAGAGAAGAAAAAAUGCAAAGGGUACAAAAUGAACUACGCCACCUUCUAGAGUCGUUAGCUAUUCUUCUCAGCACUCCCAAUAGGUUCGUCGAGUCUCAUGAAAAUGCGAUAAAGGAUAGAAUACGGGAAAUUAUCGCUGACAAUAAGGACCAAGCUGUGAAAAUUCAAAACCUAAAAGAGAAAUUGCAUGCAACGUCUGAAUCUGCAAAUCGUCAAACUGAAUUGGUUGAAACAACAAUGAUAAAAAUUCGUAAUCUUGAAGAAGAAAGAUCCGCUUUGGAAGCAAAAUAUCAUAAAAUUGAAUCAGAAUUAUCGUCUUGUGAACUUUCUAGAGAUUCUUUACGCCGAGACAAACAACACUGCAUGACAUUUUUGGAGAGGCUAGCAAAGGUAAUGCAGUUAGAUGAAAUAUCACAAGAAAUUGGAAUGGAUCUUCAAACAGAGUCGCUGCUUGUUCGAGCUGAGCAAUUAGCAAGAUUAGAGACGGACAAAUUAGUUGACAAGCUAUUGUGUUGCAGCUACACAACGUUUCCCAGGAUUCGACGAGAGCGAAUAUACCACGAACUUCCUUGCUUGAAAGAAACUUCGGUUGUUUAUCAACUUCAACGCCGGGUCAGAACGCUGCGUGAGCAACUUCAGCGGCGUGAUCUUCACUUGGAUCUUCUUCGCAGAAAACUCAGUCUUCAGGAAGAUGGUGUUCGAGUGAAAUCAAUGCUGCAAAGUGAAAGAGAUGAAGCAAACCUUCGAGCAAAGAAACUAGCAAAACAAGUUGACCGGUUACAGAUGCAGUUAAAUGAUGAAAAAGCAAGGAGCAGAGAAUUAAGUGCACAACUCACAGAGGCUGCAGAUUAUAAAAUAGCUGCAUUGGAACGUAGUAGGAAGAUAGAAGAGCUUCAAAAGCGUCUUGUUGAAAGUGAAAUGUUGAGAACUAAAUAUAACAGGAAACUCACGAUGCUAAAAGAUCAGAUGAGAUCUACAAAUGAAACAAUAGAUCAGGAAAGAUCCAUCAAUGAUCAUUCAAUGCAACUCCUCAGAGAUGAAUUAGCACAAGUAAAGCAAGAUCUCUUGGAAGUUAGGCAGAGUCUGUCCGAAGCCACUCGUAGAGAAUCACAGUUACAAAGUUUCCGAUCGUCAGUGACAAAAUUACUCUCAGAGCCAGUGUGUACACCCGAUUAUGAAAUUAUUUCACGCCUUCAGAAGAUGGUCGCUGCACAUCGUGACUUCACAAUGUUAUCUAGGAGAUAUGACGAGCCAUUGGAAACCAGUCCUUCCAGAUGCACCAGCAUUCAUCCAGUCCAUCCACCAAGAUCACCAGGAUCUCGCUGUACUCGGUACGAUGAUAGUGGAUUUGCAGAUCCACCAGAUAUGCACGACAUCGAUGAUGAUUACAACAAAAGACCUAUUAGAAGUAGCCUACUUCCGUGACAUCGGCCAAAAUUUAAAUUCUAAGGCUUAUACGUAUAAUACGAAUCCCGCGGAUUUCGAGUGUUUUCCUAAAUUCUGUUAAAAACUGUUCGGGACUUUCAAUACAUGUACAAAUGCGUGCAAUAUAUGUAAUUAUAUAUUUACACAUACGCAUAUGUCACGUUCGUUUUUACGCGAAUUGUAAAUCCUCCGUUUAUGGCUAGAUAAACGAGUGAAUUUUACGUCAAAACAAGCAAAGUGAAACAAAAGUGUUCAAGCUAAUUAUGUGUAAAUAGAUGCGUAUUAUAAUAAUAUAAU